AUGAAGUUUGCAAUUACCCUUCUUUCUGCCGCCGCCAUCGCAAUGAGCGCUGCAGCUGAAUCCCUCAGCACCUACAUGCCUGCCUGCUCCGUCGACUGCCUCACAGCAGCAAUCAGCACCGCCACGACCUGCAAGGGGCCCGACGAUCUCGAGUGCUUCUGCAUUGCCGAGAACUACCGUGCAAUUUAUGACAGCGGCGUGGCCUGUGUCCUUCAGGCAUGUGGCAGUGACGUCUCAGUCGGCGAGGUUUUGCCCGCGGCCACUCACAUGUGUGAGGUCGUCGUCGCCAGAUCAGGCAGCACCGUCACAUCCGUGGCCAAUCCGACUACUACUGGCGGCCCGAGUGGCUCCGCAGCGAACACAACGACGACGACGACAACAACAACAACGUCCAGCUCGAGCCCCACCACCAGCACAAAUGCCGUCUCAAGAUUUGGCGCCCAUGCUCUAGCGGUUGUGGUCCCGUUUGCCGCAGUCGCAGCCGUGGUUCUUUAA